UAUACCAUUACCAAUUUACCAUAUAUAAAGACAAGCCUGCUGCACCACACAAGCAGGCAGAGGCAGGAAGGCUCUCGCUCUCACCCGUGUCUGCUUAUCCCUCCCUGGAGCAGACCUGAGUAAGGCCAGCCAAGCAAAUUGUCUAUCUACUUCUACUGAAGGAAAAAAACAAGCUGCAGCAUCAUCACAGUUACCAUGGGUUCCAAGGGCGAGGCGCCAACCUGGGCGGACCAGUGGGCCUCUGGUGAAGACAGCGGGAGCAGGAGCAGCACCAACGGCAAGGCGGAUAAGAAGGGGACGGUCGCCGGCAACGUGAAGGCGGCGGCGUCGGAGGGGUUCGUCAAGGCCAAGGCGGCGGCGCUGGUCGGAGCGCACAAGGUGAAGGCCGGGACGAGCACCGGCAUCAAGUGGGUCAAGGAGCAGUACCAGAAGAAGAGGACAUCCAAGUGAGCCGAGUUGUGAUGUGAUGUGCUGCUACUACUUUCUGUUCUAAGUAUAAGCCAAUGGCCUUUUUUGUUAUGUUAGACUGAUGAUUUUGCAGAGUUUUAUGCUCUCUCAACGCGCUUAGACAUUUUUACCGACAUUAAGAAGUUCAAGUUACUCCCCUUAAA